AUGGCCCGUCAGCCCGAGAUUUUCGCAAGCGAGCCCAUUGCCAUUGUGGGCAGCAGCUGCCGUCUCCCGGGCGGCGCAACCUCCCCGUCCCGGCUGUGGGAUCUCCUGGAGACGCCUCGCGACGUGGUGCAGAAAAUCCCGGCGAGCCGCUUCAACACUGAGCAAUUCUACCAUGCAGACAGCCAGCACCAUGGAAGUACCAACGUCAAGCAUGCCUACCUCCUUGAGGAAGAUCCGCGUGGCUUCGACCGUGACUUCUUCUCUAUCAACCCCAAGGAAGCCGAGGCUAUGGAUCCUCAGCAACGGAUGCUCCUCGAGACGGUAUAUGAGGGAAUAGAAUCUGCCGGGUACUCAAUGCAGCAGCUGCGUGGAUCGUCCACGGCUGUGUUUGUCGGCUGCAUGUUCUACGAUUACCAGUACACAGCAAUCCGGGGCGUCGAUAGCCUGCCUCAGUACCACGCGACGGGAACUGGGUCAUCCAUCUUGUCCAAUCGGGUAUCGUACUUUUACGACUGGCACGGUCCGUCGGUCACUAUCGACACAGCCUGUUCGUCGAGUCUGGUUGCCAUGCAUCAGGCAGUCAGUGCCCUCCGGAACGGCGAGGCUCGCAUGGCUGUUGCGGCCGGCUCGAAUCUUAUCCUGGGUCCUGAGCCCUUCAUUAGCGAGUCCAAGCUCAACAUGCUGUCGCCAAACGGGCGAUCGUUUAUGUGGGAUUCGCAGGCAGAUGGAUACACGCGCGGCGAAGGCUUCGGUGUUGUCUUCCUCAAGACGCUGAGCCAAGCCCUGGCCGACGGGGAUCACAUUGAGUGCAUUAUCCGUGAGACGGGCGUCAACUCGGACGGAAAGACGCCGGGCAUCACCAUGCCGAGCCACGAGUCCCAGGCGCGGCUCAUCCGGGACACGUACGCCAGAUGCGGUCUCGAUCUUUCGCGAGAAUCCGAUCGUCCGCAAUACUUUGAGGCUCACGGCACUGGCACGCCGGCGGGCGACCCAAUCGAAGCCCGCGCGAUCCAGAGCGUUUUCUUCCCCAAUGACACAGACGCCGACAAAUAUGAGCAGCGCGAGCUUAUGGUGGGUAGCAUCAAGACAAUAGUCGGCCACACCGAGGGCACAGCCGGUGUUGCGGGAAUUCUUAAGGCGUCGUUGGCCCUGCAGCACGGCCGCAUCCCGGCGAACCUGCACUUCCAGAACCUGAACCCCAAGAUCCAGCCGUACUACAACAACCUCCGCAUCCCGACCGAGACAGUUCCCUGGCCCACCAUCCCCCAGGGCGGCGUGCGGCGAGUCAGCGUCAACAGCUUCGGCUUUGGCGGCACGAACGCCCACGCCAUCCUCGAGAGCUACGAGGGAGGCGGUGCCGGACCUGCCGACGAGGGUUCCGACUCGGGCUUUGACACGGCCUCGACCUCCUCCCAGGCAGAAUCCGGUGUCGGUGACGGUGACCACGGGCUCAAGCUCAAAGAAGCCCAGGAGGCUGCGGUCGGGCCGUUCGUCCUGUCGGCCCACUCGAGCGCCGCUCUGGCCGCCAACGCCAGCGCGCUCGCCAGCCAUCUCCGCGCCCACCCGGACAAGGUCGACCUCACAGCCCUGGCAUACACGCUGUUCCGGCGCACCCCGUUCGCCUUCCGCGCCGCCUUCUCCGCCUGCUCCACAGCCGAGCAGCUCGCUUCCAAGCUCGAAGAAUCCGUCAAGACUCUCGAGCGCAAACCGGGCGUCCCUUCGACCUUCCCCGACGCCCUCCCGCCCCGCAUCCUCGGCAUCUUCACGGGCCAGGGCGCGCAGUGGGCGACCAUGGGGCGGGAACUCUACCACGGCGCCUCCGCCGCAGGGCCCUUCCGCGUCGCCAUCGACGCCAUGCAGCACAGCCUGGACACGCUGCCCGCUGCCGAGGACCGCCCGACCUGGCGGCUGGCCGACCAACUCCUCGCCGACAGGGAGACCUCGCGCGUCGCCGAGGCCGCCAUCUCCCAGCCGCUGUGCACGGCGCUGCAGGUCGCGCUGGUGGACACGCUGCGGGCGGCGGGGAUCGAGUUCGCGGGCGCGGUGGGGCACUCGUCGGGCGAGAUCGCGGCCGCGUACACGGCGGGCUAUCUCAGCGGCGCGGACGCCAUCCGCGUGGCCUACUACCGCGGCCUGCACGCGCACCUGGCCAGGGGGCCCGGCGAGGGUGCCGGGGCGCGCGGCAAGAUGAUGGCGGUGGGGAUGGGCUGGGAGCAGGUGACGGUGUUCUGCGCCGAGUUUGACGGCGCGCUGGUCACGGCCGCGAGUAACUCGGCCACGAGCUGCACGCUGGCGGGCGAUGCGGACGCGGUGGAUAGGGCCUUUGUGCGCUUGCAGCAUGAGGGUACCUUCGCGCGGGUUCUGCAGGUCGACACGGCGUACCACUCGCAUCAUAUGAAGCCGUGCGCGGACCCGUAUAUCAAGUCGUUGAAGGAGUGUGGUGUGAAGGUGCAGACGCCGCAGAAGCGCGGCGGCCAGCAGCAGUGUCGGUGGUACUCGAGUGUGUGGGACAACGAUGACCACAAGGCGGAUGGUAAGGUUUUCGAGGGCCAGUACUGGGUUGACAACCUGACGCGGCCGGUGAAGUUUAGCCAGGCGUUGGCGCGGGCGCUGGACCAAGACCACGUCUUUGAUCUGGCGCUUGAGGUUGGGCCCCACCCCGCACUCAAGGGACCGGCUUCGGAAACGAUUAAGACGUUGUCCGGUGGUGUUGUCUCGCUGCCCUACACCAGCGCCCUGAAGCGAGGGCAGAAUGCGGUGGAGUCCUUCACGGAUGCCCUGGGUACCCUUUGGUGUCUGUUCCCGUCGCCGCCCACUGGACGCCCUAUGAUCACCUUUGACGGCGUGCGUCGGGCCUUGCAACACGAUACCGCAGACAACAUGGAGAUGGAAGAUCUCAAAGUCCUGAAAGGUCUGCCGCCUUACUCGUGGAAUCAUGCCACUCCCAUCUGGAAGGAGUCGCGGGCCUCUCGUCUCUUCCGCGUCGGCAACCGCCUCGGCCACGGCCGACACGAGCUCUUGGGCCACCCUGUCGUGUAUGGCGGUGGCGCGCGCGACAGCAAGCGCGAGGUGCACUGGAAGCAGGUGCUCAGACUUCAGGAGCUUCCUUGGCUGGCUGGGCAUGUCAUUCAGGGAGAAGUCUUGUUCCCGGCGUCGGGCUACCUGUCCAUGGCGUACGAGGCCGCGCUUCAACUUGCUCUCGACGAUGACGAGAAGAAACAGAGACGGGUCCAGCUCGUCGAGCUCCAUGAUGUCGACAUUGUGCGCGCGAUGCGCCUCGAACAAGAUUCCGGUCUGGAACUGGUACUUACUGUUCGCGUGACGAGCCAGUCGGACGACUGCAUCACUGCCCAGGUGGCAUGCUACAGCGGACCCGUCGACGCGCCGCAACCGCUAGACGCGCCGCAGACGUCACUUUCAGCCCACUUCACCGGAGGGGUGCGGCUAUGGCUCGGCGGGUUCGAGUCCGAUAAAGAGGAGGAAGGUAAUGUCCUGCCUCAACGGGCCGGGGAGAGUGCCAGGCCCCUGCCGAUGGACGCACUGGACAUGGACAAGCUCUACUCCAGCCUGGCUGAAGUUGGUCUGCAGUACGCCAGCCCCUUUAAAGCCAAAGCCAUCCUACGCCGCCUUCACCGCACCACGGUGACCUUGGCCACGCCGCCCGAAUCCUCGGCGCUCCACACCUGCAUGCAUCCUGCCCCUAUCGACACGGCUGCCCAGGGUCUGCUCGCUGCCUUCUCCUUCCCGGGCGAUGAUCGCUUGUCAACCAUCUACUUGCCAACAAGGGUUGACUGUGUCCGGAUCGUCCCCCCAAGCAGCCGACUCUCUGCGGCCCACAACGGGAAUGACGACCCCAGCCAGCAGCAACUCACUGCCGACGCGACGGUGACCUCGACAGCCGGCUCCACUAUCGUGGGUGACAUUGACGUCUUUAAUACGGCCGACGAAGUCAAGGUCCAGAUCCGUGGCAUUUGCCUGACAGCGGUAGGCCAGCAGCGCGAUGCUUGGCUAUACGCCGGAACGAAGUGGAUCCGGGAUGCAGACUCAGGCAUCGAACCGGAGCGUACGUCGACGAUGACCGGGGAAUGGGACGCUCAGUACGAGGCGCUGUCUCGCGCGGCCUACUUCUAUCUCCGGCAGUUCCGCAAGAUCCUACCGCAGGAGAUGAUCAUCAUGAGCAAGUCGUACAAACGCAACGUGAAGUGGACGCUGGAGUAUCUGCUGCCGCAGAUUGAGAGCGGCGCACACCCGAGCUUGCUCGGGUUCAAGGCCGAGUGGAAAGACGACACGCGCGAGAUCAUCCAGGCUCUGAGAGAGGAGAGCAUCAGCAGCCAGAAGAAUGACGUGGAAAGACACCACUGCGAAAUGCACUGGGACUUCCUGCGUUCCGUGGGCGACAAGCUCAUCUCGGUCGUCCGCAGCAUGACGCCGUGGGUGCGCAUCUGGACUCCCCAGCAACUCGAGUGGGUGUAUGCCGACGGGAUCGGCUACCGCUCCGCCAACCACAACGCGGCCGCUUACAUCGCCCAGCUCGCGCACCGGUACCCGCGCAUGAACAUCGUCGACGUGGGCGCCGGCAACGGCGGCACCUCGGGGGCCGUGCUCAGGGCGCUGCAGGAGCAGCAGUUGCAGUACGCGUCGUACAACUACACCGACCGAUCGCCCGAGAUUCUCGACCGAGCCCGCGUCCUGCACGGCCACCACAAGAACUUGACCUUCAAGAAGCUCGACAUCGACAAAGACCCGGCCGAGCAGGGCUUCCCGGACGCGACCUUCGAUGUGGUCAUCGCGUCCAACAUCCUCCACAAGCUCACGAGCCUGGCGGACUCGCUACGCCGCUGCCGGCAGAUGCUGCGUCCCGGCGGCCAGCUGAUCCUGCUCGAGCUGACCGACGACUUCCUCAUGUCCCAGAUCGUCAAGCUGGCGCUGCCCGACUUUUUCGUCGGCGCCGAGGACGGCCGCGUCAACGGCCCCAACGUCGGCGUCGAACGAUGGGACGAGCUCCUCCGGGCCACGGGCUUUGCGGGCGUGGACAGGACGAGCACCAAGACCGUCUCAUACUGCUCCGUCAUCGUGGCACACGCCGUCGACGACAAGGUCCAGCUCCUGCGGGAGCCGCUUGCAGCCGCGCCCGAGGCGUUGGCACCGUCGCUAGGCGACGUCUUCAUCGUGGCUGGUGGCGGUGCGACCACUCCCGACCUGGCAUCCCAGUGCCAGACCCUCCUGCAAACCGCCACACCAUCCACCACCGUCACCAUCAUCCCCAGCCUCGAUGCCGUAAGCGCAGCCGACAACAUUUCCCCCGGCUCGACCGUUCUCUGCCUGGCCGAGCUAGACCAGCCCGUCUUCCAGAGCAGCGACGAAAACGAUGCAGUGGCGCAGCGUUUCCGCGGACUGCAGGAGCUGAUGUCCACGGCCGGGUCUGUCCUGUGGGUGACGGCGGGCGCGCGGUCCGGGCGCGAUCCGGUCGCCAACAUGGUCGUCGGCAUGGGCAGCACGCUGCGGGCCGAGCGCGGCUCGUCGCUCCGGCUGCAGUUCCUCGACGUCGACACGCCCUCGGCGCUGCUGGAGGUGCCGAGUGCGGGCCCCGCCUUGCUAGCUAAGCUGCUCCUCCGCCUCGCUAUCUUCAACCCGGCGAGCGGCGAUGACUUGUUUUGGACGCAAGAGCCCGAGCUGGCACUGGGUGACGACGGCGCGCUCUACAUCCCCCGCGUGUUGGCGCUUGAUGCGCCGAAUCGGAGGAACGCAGCCCGGCGACGUGCAGUCACGCAGCAGGUUGCCCUGCCCUCGAGGUCGGCAGGGGAGGCUGUCGUCCUGGAGCGUGGCCAGGAGGCGGCAUGGGAGCUGAAGAUAGCCGCGCCGCUUGGAACCACGCCGAGUGGGGAGGGUAAGGGAGGGGUGCGCGUGCAGGUUACUGCGUCUUCCUUGCAGCAAUUCACCUGCAGCAACGGCGGCUCGUCUUCGGAAUUGUAUGUCUGCAUCGGCCGAGACGUGGCAUCUGGCGAUAAGGUUGUCGCCCUUUCCGCAGUGAAUGGCUCUCUUGUCUCCAUUGCUAAAGACCACGUCUUGCGACGCUGGUCGCAAUCCGACGAAGGAGACGACUUGGCAUGGCUGCAAGCAUUCCUGGCGCAGGCAUCUGCCAGUCGCCUGCUCCUCGAUGUCCAGGGCCCCGCGUGGAUCCACGGUGCUCCGGUGCAGCUCGGCGAAGCUCUCGAGGCGGUGGCCCGCAAGAAGGGCAUCGCCGUCUUCCAAACCACGUCGACAGCAGGCGCAACUGGCGUGGCGACCUUUGUGCACCCUUACGCGCGGGAGGAUGAUUUGUUGGCUCUCCCGCUUCCUGAGGGCCUGCGGACCUUUGUCGAUCUCUCACCAAGCCAAAGUGGCGCUGCCAUUAAGGCUAUCUGCUCUGCCCGGUCGAUCGAGGUCAAGCAAGCUGAGCGGGCUGGUCUGACGGCCGGUUUUGAGGCCUGCGAACUGGAGCAUCUGGCCAAGAACCAUGACGUCGUCUCGGACAGCGGUAGCGUCGGCGAGAGCGCUGUGACGCUUGAGCAGGCUUCGGCGGGACAGCUGUCCGUGGAGCAGCAGCGCUCCCCCACAGCCGUGGUGGACUGGCGCGCGGCCGAGACAGUCACCGCUGACGUCUCCCCGUUGAAGCACAGCGGCCUGUUUGCGCCCGACAAAACCUAUCUCCUCUGCGGUAUGACGGGCGACAUGGGCAUCUCGGUGUGCCUCUGGAUGGCUGAACACGGCGCCCGCCACGUGGUGCUGAUGAGUCGGAACCCGAAGAUUUCGCCUCGUAUCCUGGACCACCUAGCCGGGAAAUUCGGCGCCAUCGUGCGCCCCAUGGCCGUCGACAUCACCAACCUCUCCAGCCUGCGCGCCGCCGUCACCGCCCUCAAGACCGACAUGCCUCCCAUCGGCGGCGUGAUGAACGGUGCCAUGAUCCUACGCGACCGUCUCUUCCAGAACAUGCCAUGGGACGACUUCUCGACCGUGCUGGGCCCCAAGGUCGCCGGUUCUCGCAACCUGGACGCCAGGCAGUCAGCCUACGCGGCCGCCAACCAAUACAUGACCGGCCUGGUGCGACAACGCCGCCGGCGUGGGCUGGCGGCGUCGGUGCUGCACAUCGCCAUCCUCACGGGCUUCGGCUACAUCCACCGCAGUGACGCCGCGCACGCCGAGACCAUGAACAAGGCGCUCCGCACGCGCUACAACAACCAAGCAGAGCCGGACCUGCACGCGAUGCUGGCCGAGGCCGUUGUCGGCGGCCGUGUCCGCGACAGUGACGGGGACGGCACGACCGGUGCGGAGCUCAUCACGGGUCUGCGCACCGUGUUUGAGGGCGAGACCUCGAAAGACGCGCGUCUUGCGCGCUAUCUGCGGGAUGACGAGGGGGAUGAUUUGGGCGCCGGUGCGGAGGGUGGGGGUGCGGCGAUGAGUGUGCAGGCACAGCUGCGCGAGGUGGGGGCCGAUGAUGACGCCGGCCAGCAGAGAGUGGUGUUGGAAAAGGCCUUCGCCAUUGCGUUGGGCAAGCUGCUCGAGAUGGACCCCGAGACGAUCGACCCGGCGCGGCCGGUGGCUAGCCUGGGUGUCGACUCGCUGGUGGCGAUUCGCAUCCGCGAGUGGAUGCUGCGUGAGAUGGGCGUCGAUGUCUCAGUCAUCAAGGUCAUGUCCGACACAUAUCCUAUGUCGCGCAUGUGCGACGACGUCUUGAGAAAUUGCAAUUGA